AUGUGCCGUUGUCUGUUGUCCAAGCGUCGUUUUUUGGUCGUCGUCGGCCGCACUUAUGACGUUUUAAACAGCCAUCAUCGUCUCCAACGAUUCUACUCGAACAGGAACGUGUUGAAAUUAUAUGAACGACAAAUCUUACAAAACAUGUUUCCUGAUAAUUCUAGCAAUGAAAUAAUUGAUGUAUUGACAAAAAAAAAACAAUGUGUUUAUGCUGGAUUUGACCCAACAGCGGACAGUUUACAUAUAGGAAACUUACUUGUCAUUAUAAACCUAUUACAUUGGCAACGUGCUAAUCAUAAAGUUAUAGCAUUGAUUGGUGGAGCUACAGCCCAAAUAGGUGAUCCAAGUGGAAAAUCAAAGGAUCGAGAUAAACAGUCUUCACAGACGCUGUCCCAUAAUAUUAAAGGCAUUACCCGUAGUUUACAAUCCAUAUUUGACAAUCAUGCCAAAUACUUUUGGAAACAUAAAGAUCCUCUGCCAGAACCAAUUAUAGUCAAUAACAUGGAAUGGUAUAAAGGAAUUGGUGUCAUUGACUUUAUGAACAAUAUUGGUCGAAAUUUCAGAAUGGGUACCAUGUUGUCUAGGGACAGUGUUAAAACUCGUUUAUCUGGUAGUGGGAUGAGUUUUACAGAGUUUACUUACCAGGCUUUUCAAGCUUAUGAUUGGCUACAUUUGUUUAAUGAAUACAAAUGUUCAUUUCAAAUAGGAGGAAAUGAUCAAAUGGGUAACAUUAUGUCUGGUCAAGAACUAAUUAGUCGAAAAAAAAAUGCCAAAGUUUAUGGACUUACAGUACCACUAAUAACUACGGACUCUGGUGACAAGUAUGGUAAAUCAGCUCAAAAUGCUGUAUGGCUGAAUUCAGAUCGAACUUCACCUUUUGAACUAUACCAGUUUAUGAUACGAACAGUAGAUGCUGAUGUAGAAAAACUAUUAAAAAUGUUUACAUUCCUUUCAUUACCUGAAAUAGCUGAACUGAUGAGAAAACAUAAAGAAACACCCGAUAAACGAAUUCCUCAUGAAUCAUUGGCUCGUCAAGUUACCACAUUAGUGCACGGAGAAGCGGGUCUUCAAGAAGCAUUAGUAGCUACAUCAGCAUUAUAUGAUAACAGCAUUGAAACCCUUAGCACAUUAAGUGUUAAUGAUAUUUUAAAAAUAUUUAAUGGUGCAACUGUUGUUGAAUUAAUGCUUGAACCUGGCAUAACUGUAUUGAAAAUGGCAAUGAAAGCAAAAUGUUUUUUAACAGAAAGGGAUGCAUAUCGAAUAAUUUUAGCCGGUGGAUUUUAUGUUAAUCACCAGAGAAUAACCAAUAUAGAUGAAAUUGUUACUUUGUCUGUACACAUUUUACCGAAUAACAUUUCUAUAGUGAGAGUUGGUAAACGAAACUAUUGGAUUGUCAAGUGGAUAAUGUAAAAUAAAAAGUAUAAAUUUAGAUUACUGAAAAAGAAGAAUUGAUGUACUAGAUAAUAAAAUACAUUUUUGAAAAACAUAAAUAAAUUGUUUAUUUCA